CAUCCGACCGGACCUGACGUCUGGCACGCGCUCCCGAAAGUUUCCGAGUUUACGCGAGUGAGUCCAGUGUUGUGAGUGACCAUGCUCCGCGCGGUGAUCGUCCUCGCCGUCGCGACGCUCGCCGCCUCCGCCGCGCCCCCCGACCCCUGCUACGAGGACGGACGUCCGAAGAGAUGCAUCCCUGAUUUCGUUAACGCAGCCUUUGGGGCAACCGUCAUUGCCUCCUCCAUAUGCGGCCGUAGGGGCCCCGAACAACUCUGCGAUCCACCCGGAGACCAGGAUCCCGACAACGCUUGCAGAGUCUGUGAUGCCGCUAGAUCUGACCGAAGACAUCCCCCAACCCAUCUCACUGACCUGAACAAUCCUCACGAUGUUACCUGCUGGAGAUCUGCUGCUUUACCUCCCGCUUCCUACGACUCCCCUCCUGAUAACGUCUCCUUAACCCUUUCCCUUGGAAAGAAAUAUGAGUUGACAUACGUGAGCCUCCAGUUUUGUCCAAAAGCGGCACGACCAGAUUCCGUUGCGGUUUACAAGAGCGCCGACUACGGCGUGACAUGGCAACCAUUCCAAUUCUACUCGAGCCAAUGCAAAAGAGUGUAUGGAAGGCCUAACAAAGCCACGGUUACUGCCGCUAACGAGCAAGAAGCCAGGUGUUCUGACUCCCAUAGACUGGCUGGAGAUAGCACAGGUGGUGCUAGAUUAGCCUUCAGUACUUUGGAAGGCCGUCCAAGCGCUGCUAAUUUCGAUGUAUCUCCUGUACUCCAAGAUUGGGUGACGGCUACUGAUGUGCGGGUUGUGUUUAAUCGUUUGCAUAUGGUGAAUGAGGGGGAUGAGAUUGAUACCAAGAAGCAGGCGGCUGCUGGGACGCAGCACUACGCUGUUUCGGAUUUCGCGGUGGGCGGUCGAUGCAAGUGUAACGGACACGCGUCGCGAUGCAUUCCGAUGAAGGCUGGUGAAGUUUCCACGGUCGGUGGGGUGCAGCAGCUGGCCUGUGAAUGCAAACACAACACCGCGGGCAGAGACUGCGAGCGAUGCAAACCCUUCCACUUCGAUAGACCCUGGGGACGCGCCACGGCCCGGGACGCCAACGAAUGCAAAGAAUGCAACUGCAACGGGCACGCGCGGCGCUGUCGCUUCAACAUGGAGCUGUACAAGCUUUCUGGACGCGCCAGCGGGGGCGUCUGCCUCAAGUGCAGGCACUACACAGCUGGCAGACACUGCCACUAUUGCCGGGAGGGCUACUACAGGGACCCUACCAAGCCCAUCACUCAUAAAAAGGCUUGCAAACCGUGUGACUGCCAUCCAGUGGGAGCGAGUGGGAAGACCUGCAACCAGACUAGCGGGCAGUGCCCCUGCAAGGACGGCGUCACCGGCACCACCUGCAACCGCUGCGCUAAAGGGUUCCAGCAGUCCAGGAGCCACAUCGCGCCCUGCAUACGCAUCCCUCGUGUGGUGACUGCAGUGCAAGCUAUGGAAGCAGUGGACGGGGAGCCGGCCCGCGCAGCGGAUCAGUGCGGACGGUGCCGCGCCGGCGCACGCACGCUAAAUCUCAACAAGUUCUGCAGCCGAGACUACGUCAUAAUGGGCAAACUAGUGGGUCGCGAGGCGAACGCCGGCGCAGCGAACGGAUGGGUGCGUCUGUCUCUGAGCGUGCAGGCGGUCUACAAGCGAGCGCCCAGGAGUCGCCUGCGCCGCGGCGGCACCGCCCUUUACGUGCGCGCCGCGGACCUCGCCUGCAAGUGCCCUAAGCUCAAGAUCAACAAGUCAUACCUAAUCCUAGGAGUGGAAAAGGAGGGAUCAUCGUCUGGCUUACCAGGGCUCACAGUUGGCGACAGAACUCUGAUGCUGGAGUGGCGCGAUGACUGGCAUCGCCGCAUCCGACGGCUACAGCGACGCGCCAUAAACUGCCACUAGAACACGAAACCCGCGCUUUUAUAUCCCGCGAAAAUAAAAGAACGCCAGGCAAAGAUAUUGCUAUAUGCAUAGCCAAGGCACAAGUCGUGUUCGUCAUUUGGUAAGAUUCCGUCUCUGUUCCGUGCAAAAUGUGAAUUGAAUGUGUAGUUGAGUUACUGUUACUGCCAAUAUAUGUGCUGUCUAUAUUAAAUCUCAUUAAAUUUAAUAGUCACAUACUUAGAUGAUGUAAUGUUACAAGUAUAAUCCGAUUCGAAUUACGAUUUUUCGACGACUUUUUUAUGCCAAAAAUUCGAGAGAGCCCUUCUCAUCCUAGGAUUUCGUUUCAAUUGUACAUUAAUAAGAUUAUUUAUUUGAAUAGAUUAAUUAUAUAAGACUAAUGAUAUUUCGUUCCAUUUCAUGCAUUUUUGUAUCUAAUUGUUAUUUUAUAUGGAAAAUGCGCAUGUUAAUAUUGUUUUAAGUACAAUUUUGAAGGUCUUGUGAUGAUCAUCCGCUGAUGAUGGUUUCUGUGGGUGAUCGUAUGAUGAUGACGUUAGAGAUUUAGAGUAUCGUAGUUAUUCAUCACCACAAAACAUAGUCACAAUGGUUUUUCGUACCUCAUUUAAUGUAAACUUGUUAAGGGUUACGUAUUAUUUAUAAUAAUUAGCUAUAUAGAUUUUCUACUAAGCCGAAAUUGAGAUGUUUGUCACUAGUGAGUUUACUAAAGCUAAAAUAUAAUUAAUUAUUAAGUAAAUUCUCUCUCAUUUUCUCUUAUAUUUCAUAACUAAACUGUGUCAUAAGCCUUAACUCCUUGUCAUUAACAACUUUUUGCAAAUGUUAAAAGUUAAUAAUGUUUUUUUAUGAACCAUUCUAGUGUUGCCAAGUGGAAAUCUAAUAACUAUUUCAGUUAAAUUAGAAUAGCCAAAUUAGCGCGCUCGGCCAGUGAUUGUGGCUGUCAAGACACACUUACAACGGUCGGUCAUUGGAUACGUGACCAAACGCAUAUAAAUCCGUUUGUCCCAGUUGUAACCCCCAAUGGGCCUGCGUGGUGGGUCAUGGCCCAAAGUCCUUAUUCAUCCGUAGUAAGGACGGCCAGUGCCCCAGCAGUGGGGUGUUUAAAUGGCUGUUGAUGUUGAUUUCAGUCAGUCAAAAUAUAUAAUAGAAACAAACUUUAGCAGAAGAUACAUCUAUUUAUUUGAUUUCUUUAAAAAUGCUUGAUUUUAUCUUUCAUAAUUUGAUUUAUUAAAAAAUUAUCGCGCAAAUUAUCUUUCGUUGAUUUACUUAAUACCAAACGCGAUCAAUGAAAAAAUCGAAUAAAUCCAAGAUCAAUUUGAAAAUAGCACCUCAUUUUUUUUAAGCUUUAGUCAACUGACUUGUAUUAUUGUUGAUCUGUUUCUCAAUUUCGUACGUGUCUUGCCAAAGUACCGCUUCAUGUGUCAUACGAUUAUAUGAUUUAUUCUGUACAGAACAAAGAUUUUUUUUCAACACCAUGCCAUUACAGUUUGCCCAACUGAGAAGUAUGUACAGUAUUAUUAGCUUUACUAAGUUUUCAUAAAAUAAUGUUAAGUACUUUUGUCUUAAAGGAUGUAUUUCAAGGUUUAUUAUAUAUACAUAUAAUACAUAUAUUAAAACUGUAAGUGGGCUAUGUCUGUACAUAGGAGAUAUUUAAGAAAAAUAAUUAUGAGGUGUGACUAACUGAAACCAAAUUUUUUUUAUAUAAUUUAGGCCGUCUGUCUGUAUGUUCGCUCGCACAUCACGCAAAAACUACUGAAUGAAAUUUGAUGCGGUUUUGACAGUUGUAUAGUGGAUAGUCUAACUUAUAAUCUGGUAUAGGUUUGAUCGCGAUACGUCGCUUAGAUCUCGAGACAUCGGUAAUAAUAAGUUAUAAGCGGACGCACGAAACAAACGCGGGCGAAGUUGCGGGCAAAUGCUAGUGUUAAAAUAAGAGUACCUAUUAGUAGAUUACAGGAAAAAGAGAUAUGUGAACAUUAGUAACAUACAAAUAUAUGUUUGUAUAAUCGGCCUUCACAUCCUUGUGGUAAUGACAAGUUUCGCCAUUACAACAGCAUACUCCACUUUUUGAUGUCGGUUUAACGGUGGAUAAGGUCCCCACAUUGCCAUCCCACAAAUCAAAAAUACAACGUAAUCACACACAAUUGAGUUGUCCAACGUAUUUAUGACACCUGUGGUGUGGUCACAGAGUAGAACUAUACAGCGCCAAAGCUAUUUGAAUUUUUCAAUGACAGGCGUCAUUCCCUAAAUAUUUUUCUUGUUUUAUCUCUCUCUUUCUUCUCUUGUAUAAAAAAAAAUAUGAAUUUGUUUUUUGACACCCACUCGCCUCCGUAUUUGUCCAUUUCUAUUGCUAUUGUAUAUUUUCCAGGUAAUAUUGUAUCCAUCACUUAUCAUGAUAUAUUAGAUACCGAAAAUAAACUUUACAACAACAAAACUCUCCAAUAGGCGAUAUAUUAGACGUAACGGUGAAUGCCACUUUAUGUUAUCGCACCUCUCAUUAUUAAGAGGAAAAUAAUUGAAUUGGCUUUAAAUUUUCAUAACGUCCGCCUAAAUAAGGAUUUUAUGCAUCUGCUCAUAUAAUACAUACAUAAUAGAAUUUAAAGCUUAACUAACAAGAUAAACUUUCUAUUGUCACAUCUUCUUUUUAUAGAUACUUAGAUAUACUAGAAAGCUCAUUCAUAAAACAAAUGUCUAAAUAUAAAAUCAUUUUUCAUUUAUGACUGUAUUCAAAAACUUUAUUUUCAAAAUAUUGGAUGUAAUGCAUGUACGAUUGACGUCAAAGAUAAUUUUUAUUGCUAAGUCUCCUACAGACUUCCAAAGCUUGAAAAAGAGGCGGCGCAACAAAAUUCACUGCAAUCGAAUUCUUCAAGAACAAUAAAACGUUUUGUAUAAAGCUUUGGCUCUCCAAUCGCCUACUCUGUGAUUUAGUCAAAUAAAUCAAACCGACACACGGCACAGUUUACAACAAUUGCAACCAUCGGACAUAAACAACAACGUAUCUUGAUUUAUGGGCCCCAGUUUCUACCACAAACUAUACAUAUAUUGCUAUAUAAUGCUAAAAACAUUUCUAUUAAUUUCGACGCGUCGUGUGUCCCUGAAAUUCCCUGAAACUGCUGGGAACGGACAGACUUAAUAAUAAAUCUUUUUUUUUUUAAGUGGAUGGCAAAUCUGUAAACGGUACACCAUAUUAUCCAAAUUUAACUUUUUAAAUUUUCCAUUUUUUAAACAAUGCGUCGAUGUCUUUAAUUAUACAAUUGAAACAUGUUUACACAAACACGGAUUCUUUUUUUGACGAAACACUAAACAUAAAGUGAAAAACAAAAAAUCUCUCGGAAGUGUAUUUUUAAGAAUAAUCUCGAAAUACAUGUUUUGAAACAAAGGCGUAUUUUAGAAUACUAAAAAUACCUAUUUAAAAGGACUUUAGAUUUUUGCUUGAUCGUAAUACGGAUUGUAAAAAAUGUAUUUUAGUUGUAGAUCGAUCUAUUAACCUGUUUCUAGUUAUGCAUAUCUUUAGAUUAUGGUAAUGCUUACGACGUUUUGGAGUAUUUUUGCGAUGGCAACACAGUGCAGAGCAAAAUACGCAUUGAUUAAAAAAAAACAAUAUAAUGUUAAAUUUUAAUUGCAAUAGCGUAAUAUACGCAUUGAUUUAAAUUUAAAAAAUAUAUAUUGUUAAAUUUUAAUUGUAAUGUUUACAAUGAUAAUAGUAUUUCUCUCGAAAAUACAUAGCCGUGUCUAGGUGGUAUAUCGAAAAAUAAAAAGUUUUCUCUGUAAGUAUAUGUUUAGUGAAAGUACUUAAGUCAAAGUACUUAAUAAUAGUUUUUUUUAUCUCAUUUGGAAAAAAAAGGAAAGAAUAUAUUUUAAAAAUUAAUUUGUUUUAAUUGAAUACAAACUUUUUGGACAUAAUCUAAUGGCGAUUUUUAAAUAUAUUCGAAAAGUUUUUUUAUUAGUGUGCCAACACUAAUAAAAAAAAACUUUUCGAAUAUAAUUGACAAAUCAUAAUUGUUCUAAUUUCAUCCCUUUUGAUUUACCAUUGGUGUUUGUCCCACGUGACGCUGCCAAAACUAUAGGUACUGCCAAAGUGCUGUCACAGAAAUAUUCCAAAAUAGAUAUAUAUAUGUAACUGUACUAUAGUCAUAGUAUGUUUGUAUGUUUAAUGCUAACUUUGUGAAUAUUUCGUUUAUUAAUUUAUAAACAAUUAAAUUUGGGUUCGUAAAGAGUAUCUGACAGAUUCAAGCAUAAUAUAAAAGUAGGUACAUCGUUUUUUUAAACACACAUUUUGCGAUUAGCGAUUUUGUAACGGUUUAAAAAUUUUUCGAAAUUGAAAAAUGUUUUUUUUUUAUUCGACAAUACAGUACAGCUAUGGAGAAAAUAAUAUAUAUUUUUUAUUUUUUGAACAAAGCAUAAUAUUAGCCAUUUACGACACUUUACCAUACUUUAUAAAACAAUAUUUUAAAGAUAUCUGCUUGUUUAAAAUUCUUUUUAUGUUUUGUCAUAUAUUUUUUAAAACUGUCUUAGGGUGAGUUGCACCAGUCAACUUUGUCGUUGAUUUUGACCUGCGUGCGGUGACGUUUACGACAAAAAUGUGUUUCUUUUAAACGUGUUUCUACGCAGGUUAAAGUUAUCGUCAAAGUUAAAUGAUACAAACCAUUCUUGGUUUUAUAUUGAUUAACUAGGUAUUUGUUUAUUGUCAAUAUUUUUAAUACUUAAAAAGUUUUACUACUUACUUUGUACCAAUUCUAGUAUUAACUUGAAUGACGCAAAUUAAAUAAUUCAUAUUCGCAAUAGUAUUGUAAAAGUAUGGUUAGUGUAGACGUCAAAUUACCGGUAAAAAAUUAAAAAAAAAAGGCCUAGAAAUACAAAUAAGCUUUAAUUUUUAAAUUCGAACGCACAAUUAUUUAGGCCUAAUAAACUGCCACGAAAA